AUGCGUAUUAUUUAUCAGACACUUUUCUGUCUUACUUAUCUCACAAUUUUCAUUCAUUGUCAAGGUGGUGGUGGUUCCGGAGGUGGUGAGUCUCCUAGACGUCGUACUCCUCCUUGUAAGAGCGAUGCAUGUCCAUAUAGUCAUUAUAUUAUCGCAGGUUGUGUUGGAGGUUUGGUCGGAUUACUCUUGCUAAUCGUGGGUGUCUUAUGGUGCCGCAAACGCUAUAAAGGUCGACCUUUUCGAACAAAUUCAAAAUUUGUUAAUAAAGGAAUUUCAAAAAAUUCCCAUGAAAAUAUCUAUAAUGGGUAUCAGUUCCAAUCGGGUAUCUGGUCCACUCAUUAUCAUCAAUAUUGUCGAUGGCAUGGACUUUUUCGAUGUUCACUUUCAUUUAACUCUCAAUUAAUGAAAGUAUCUGGUUCAGGAGUGGAUCAUAUCGGUUCAUUUACUAUUGAUGGUACUUACUCAAAUGAAACACAUCGCAUUGGCCUGACAAAGCAAUAUGAAAUAGGAACUGGUGAUCCAUCUGAAAACUUCGGUCAUCAAGCUACAAUUCAAUUAUCAUGGAAUGAAAAAAAUAAUCAAUUUGAAGGAAAAUGGUACGUGCAAACAAAGAAAUAUCAUGAUGAAGGUAAAUUUGAGCUCAAAUAG